AUGUCGGACCUGGGAAGUAAUAUUGGUGUCAAUCCUUUAGUGGUAGUGGUUUUGAUUUCUUCUUGUUGUAAUUCUUCUAGUAAAUUUCAUCUUUCCGAAUUAUUGUUGAAAAAGAAAUUCUCGGAACAACAAAUCGGAAAGAAGAAAUGGCUUGAAAAUAGAGAAUUGAAAUAUAAUGAUUUCUUCCCUGUUGAGUUUAUGAAUGACAAAGGAUUUGUAUUCAAUCACAUAAAAAAGUAUGGUUAUGGAUUGAAAUUUGCAUCAAACGCUCUAAAAGGAGACAAAGAGUUUGUUUUGCAAGUGGUUCAACACAACGGAUUUUCAGUACAAUUUGCAAGCGAUGAUAUUCGCCUUGAUCAUCAAGUACUAUUGACAGCCAUCAAGCAAAACGACAUUGCAUUAUUUUAUGCCUCUAACAACAUUCGGUGUGAUAAACAAUUUGUACUGGAAGCAGUUCAAGAAAAUGGAUUGGCCUUGAGGUAUGCUUGUGAAGCAUUAAGGAAUGAUAGGGAAAUUGUGUUAGCUGCUGUGAAACAAACUGGUGAAGCAUUGAGGUGCAUUCCAUAUGGAUCUGAAUUGAGAAGUGAUAGGCAGGUUAUUUUAGAGGCAAUUCAAAAACAAAAGCAAGCACUUUGUUAUGUAAAAGAAGUUGAACUCCAAGAUAAUUGUUUCAUGUUGAGAUUACUCAAAUUAAUAUUUCCAGAAUUUGAACAUUGGGACUCUUUUGACUACUCAAAGAAAGAGAUUAUGACCAAACUGGUUCAAGAAUUUGGGUUUUUACUUCAAUUUGCUUCGAAAGAAUUACAAGGAGAUAGAGAUGUUGUUAUGAAUGCAGUCAGAAAUUAUGGUACGUCACUUCAUUUUGCUUCAGAUGAUUUGAAGAAAGACAGAGAAAUUGUAUUUGCAGCUGUUCAACAAGAUGGUCUCGCAUUGCAAUUUGCCUCCGAAGAGCUCAAGAGCGACAAGGAAAUUGUGCUGACUGCUAUCGAUCAAAAUGGACAUGCUCUUCACUAUGCAUCCAUUGAGUUACAAAAUGACAAAGAUAUUGUCUUGAGAGCUAUUGGACAAAAUUUUGCUUCUCUCCAAUAUGUAUCCGAAGAGUUACGAAGCGACCGUGAGUUUGUGUUAACAACUCUACGAGCUCCAAACCGGAAACCUGUCAAUGCAGUCAUUUUAAAAAUUCAUUGUCCUUUGCUUUGGAGUGACAAACAGUUCGUUUUGGAAGCGGUUAAGGCUGGGUGUAGAAAUAUUUGCAGACAUGUACCGAGCGAAUUUGCUGAUGACAGAGAAUUCAUUUUAAAAGCCGUAAAAGAAAAUAGUCUAGCUAUAUUUGACUCCAGUUAUAUUGGUUCUGACAAGGAAAUCAUGUUAGAAGCAGUGAAGAACAAUGGCUGUGCAUUAAAGUAUGCAACCGAAGAAUUGCAAUAUGAUUCAGACUUGGUUAUGGAGGCCCUUAAAUGCAAUGGUUAUGUUUUAGAGUACAGUGAGGAAUUGUUUCAAGAAAGAAUGAAACGCUGUCUUUACGGUGCUUACAUGGGAAAGAGAUUAUGA